UUGUCUCUGUUGCUAUGGAUGUGAUUCUGUUGCUAUGGAGAUAAUGGACAAAAAUGAAAAUGUUACAAAUGGACAAUUGUCAGAGACAACCCUGGAGAAAUUGGGGACCACCUGGGCUGACCUUUCACCGACCCACGGCCGAACCCGCAACAUCAUGAACGACUGUCUGACCAGUCACGUGCUCAACGACAAUCACAUCGGUCAAAAAACGGCCAAUGACAAUGCAAAAACAUCGUCCACGUCCCUGUCUAGCGAGGUGGUGGACAACCGGGUGACCCUCGAAAAUGGGCCCGUCAUAAAACUGAGUAUCACCGCGGGCCAAAAACCCCACGACCGACACGCCACGACCCUGCCGAAACGGUCCACGAGAAAAAUAAAGCAUUACGCGACAUGGAAGGAUCUCUCGCCAACGAAAGACAAGUGUGGGGGUUUCGAUAGCAAGAUGAGUUGUAGCUGUGGUAGCACCCCGCGGGACGGACAGGCGAGGGAGCUGGUCACGUGGAAAGAUGUAUCUCCACCAAUCUCGCCUACGCUAGGGGUCAAAGAUGGAACAUCGGAAAACAAAUUGUCGGAGGGGUCGUGUGUUGUAAAACGGUCGCCCGAACGAAGGGGAAGGCAGAGGCGCAAGCCCGAGAGCGGUUACUACUCCAAUGAUGUUCAAGGGGAGAGUCGUGAAGGUACCGAUUCAUCGUUGUCGGGAAGUGACAUAGCCAACGCAAAAUCGGGAAUGGCUUCGUCGCCGGAAGACGCUUGUAAUGAAUACUUCUACGACGAAGACUUCAUAGUUCAGUUCGAUACGAAUAUCCGCGAUGGUUCCGUACCGCCGGAGUUGUCCGACCAUGAGCUGAACUCUCUACCUUUCCCGCACUCCCUGACAGGAAGUUACACGAGAUUCGGUCCGCUGCAGGAUUCGUUCAACCAAGCCAAUGUGUUUCUGGGACAGUACGAGUCGGAGCUGUCGGGUAGUCGAACCUCCAUGGAGAUAUCGUCCAGCGAGCGUGAGAUGAUGUGCUCGAGUGACAUGCUCGACUUCAGCAAUGAUCCUCUCUUUACCCCAACCCCAACCAGCGACGGUCUCACGCAACACUUUUCCGUGGACAGUCUCGGACACGGAGGUGGGUUAGAAAACAGUAGGGGCUCAGCUGAUCUCGGCGUUGUGGUCAACUGUUGUCCGAAGAAAGAGGAAUACUUCUUGUCAUUCGACACGUCGCAGGGACGAUCCUCCGCCUCGGUAAGCGAACAUUCAUACUCAUCGCAGACAACGUCGUCUCAGGAGGAACCGCAGACGGAAAUCAUUUUGACGGGAAGCGGAUCGACGACCGAGGACAACGAAGAAGUGUGUUCGAGCAGUUUCCAUUUCUGUCACACGAAGUACGCCUCACAGAACGGAGUUACCCGCCACUGUCGACUGGCAGGUCAGAGGUCGCACAUACCGCACCGAGGCCGGGCCAGCUCCAUGGGUGCUCUGCCGGAACGAUCGCUGGAGAAGUCAUCGACGACACUAAGUGAUGUGGAGAAGGGUCAGAGGUGCUUCUCGAGAAACAGCCGGUCGUUGGACAGGAGUGGGAUGUCCUCUCAGAGCAGGUCUAGCUCCUCGUACAAACGGUCCUGUGGGUCGGCCGCGGACCUGCACUACUCAGAUGAAGUCAACGCUACUCAGAAGCAUAACCUAACGUCAUGGAAACGGGUGAAGAAUCUUCAGAAAUUUGGCAUCUUGGAAAACAUGUUGAACAACGAACUGUACAACAGUCUUCCCGAUGUGGUAGACGAGGACGCUCACAACAAACGCGUGAGGAAGAGAUUCAACGAGGAUCUGCAGUCGAUGGCCGAUAGUUUUCACAACAAGCGACACUCGGCCUCGCUGCUGGAGAUGUAUCAGAGGAUGAAGAGCAACUCCAACCCUGUGUCUCCCAACACAAUGAACACGGUCGAGUGCAUUCUCUUUCCUCAGAACAGGAUGUCGGAUGACGAGAAGCUGUGUGUGUCGCGGUCGGGACUCGACACGUGCUGCGAUUCCGAAGACUGCUGCUGUGGUAAACGGGGACUGAAGCUGGAGCUCGGUCUGAAGCAGGAAGCCAACGGUCAUAGAGUUGGCGCAACCUCGUCGUCAUGGUUACGAACUUUGUCGCCAUCGCGGAAAGCGUGGAGCAGUAAAUCGACGUCGGUUUCCCCGGAUACGCUCGUCCUAUGGCACGGGACGAAAAACUUUGCGGCUCAGUUUCCACCGAAGACCAAAGACUGUGGAAUUCAGACUUCAGAGGUUGAUGAUGAUGAAAUGACGACGGUGUUGUUAGAUCAUUCGGUGCAGACGUCACCGAACUCCCCUCAGCAUGAUUUCCUGUCUGUUUUUAACGAUGUCUGUGGACACCAGUCGCGCACACCACACAAGACUGAGCCGGUGAAUCGGAGGCGGGAGUGCGUUUCGGAAUACCGCGAACGGAACGUGCUGCCUGCUGCUUCCAACGUGAAAAGAUCGAAAAGUCUGUCACCGUCGAGAAUGGGCUUCAAUUCAUUUUACACAUACCAGUCACUGCCGGACUUGAGUUUCCUGUCGUCAACUCGCUUCGAAGAAGACUUCUCUCCCCAGUCGUCGCUGUUUGACCCUGUGAAAAUUCCCAUAAUCCUCACGCCUGUAGUCGACGAUAGCAAGCAGACUCAGUCACGGGACGGCUCCUGUGCCUCCUGCUCCUGCCAGAAGGAAAAGAAGUGUCGGGCGAGUUUGAACCGACCGCACGAACUGGUCUCCAGCAGCAGUGGCUUCAGCACAAGCUCGUCAUCGGGGAUCGAUCCCGGAUACUGUGACACGCGGCGGUGCUGUACCUCACUGGCGGCCGAUCUCGAACGACUUCUUUUUCUUCCUCCACAUCUUGAGAGCAAUCCAAAGUUUUCUGGAGCCCAGCACAAAUGUGGCAUACCAUCGAGCAGAAGUGAAGGCUUCAGACCGAAACCCAUCCGAAUCCACCAGAGGGCAGCACCGUCAUUUGCUGUCAUGAGAAAUGAACAUGAUUGCUGCAGGUGUGAAAACUGCUGUAGCAGACAUGAGAGCGAUGAAGCUGGCAGUUGUCAUAGUGAGAGUGGCAGACGCGAAUAUGAGAUUAGCAGACAUGAAUGUGAGAUAAGCAGACGUGAAUGUGAGAUUAGCAGACGCAGUAGCCACGAAGCCGAGAUGUGUCGAAGGGAGAUGCAGUCAGGGAGACGGUUGAGCAACAGUACCUCGUCAUCCUUGAGUUCGUUCCACCUGGACGGUCUCUACGCCCUGAAGGAAGCCAGCCCCACCACCGAGACCGCCGACAGUGGCCCCGAUCACCGUCUGGUACGACAGCACAGCGAAACCUACCUCGACGAAUUAAAACACAACUUCCACGAUCUGGAGACGGACCCUGAUGCCGCCGCCGACAGCCUCAUUCAUCAGAUUUAUCAGCAGUUGUCGCGGGAUCGGAAACCAUUGAAGUCGUGUCUACGGAAGAAGAGAGAUUUCAAGGCUAGAUCCCUGUCCAUCCCAGAUAACUUCAACGUCAGCGGUGAACCGAAACCUCCCAAGAAGCCCAGUCGGUAUUCCAUAGCGUGUGACGGGGUCUUCCCCCAGCUGGUCAGUGACGAACAUUUUGAAAACGCCAAUAUACAGUUACCUCCCCCUGAGCAGCGAGAAGAACAGAUAUUUCCCAUCAAUGAGGCUGUUAUGGUGGCCUCCAGUAGUAGUAGUUCGUUUGAAGAAGGAAACUUCGCCAAGAAGAGCGUCAGUUUUGCAUCGGAGGUGUCGUUUCAUUCACCGCAGUACAGCCCGAAACAUGUGACCAAGCCACCUCGCCUCAUCUCGCAGACUGUGUCCUCGAUUGACCUCCAGGAUGAGACCUUGACCUUGGAAAUCAUUGAACCGCAAGAUGAUGACCCUGCUGAGCUUAACACUUUGAUGAACGUAUCUCCUCAGUCAUCAGCCGAGUUCAUGGGAAACUUGAUAGAACAAGACCUCACAACAGAGACCGCAAGAAAGAGAAGUAUUCUUCUCUGUGUGACGCAGGCAGCUGAAUCUCUAGUGGAGCAUUUCGCCCGAGCUCGGGAUCCUUUCGACAAGCUACGACUAGGGAGUUCAGCUGAGAAUCCGACUGUUGCGACGCUGGUCGUGACUCGGCUGUGUCCCGCGCUCGAGAUGGUUAUAGAGGAAGGAAUGAAGGCCUACCUGAUGGGCUUCCACGUAUUCGGCAAGAUCCACAUCACGCCCUGGAGGGUGGCGGAGAUGUCAUCAGAACUGGGUCCUUAUACACGAGCUGUCAAUGAACUGGUCAGAAAGCUGAAGUUGAGGUCGUCAUUGGGUACGAACAAACAGAAAUUCUUCGCCUUCAUAGUGGGACUAGCAAACUUGCGUCUGCUGGACUUCUGGAUGGGUUACGUUCGCAGUAAGAAAGACAUCGUCAGCCGAGUGUACGAAGCUGAUUCAAUUCUGUGUCUCUCUGAAACCACUCUGAAACAUCACUAUGACAACAUGUUGCUAGCUUUGCAGCCAUUGGCUGUUUUGCCAUUCCAACUGGAAUUUGAAAUUGUCUGCCCAAGUUCGGCUUUGGAGAGCUCCGCAGAGCCAAACCAGCUUUCCCAGAGUCUCGAAUUAAAGCGACCAAUCAAGCAACAGCAUGAAGACCACAGUCGGGGUGAGGUUAUGGAGAAAGGUCAAGGUCAGACUUCAGAGAAAGGUCAUUGUCGAAUGUUGAAAAGGGAUCAAGGUCAAAUGUCACAGAAAAAUCACGGACAUGUGUCAGAGAGGAAGCAAGGACAGAUUUCCGAAAGAGGAAAUGGGUUAGAGAAAGGUCAAGGACAAGAGGCCGAAAAGGGUCAGGGUCAGUCUUGGAGCUGGUUUGGCGGUGCUACAUUCCCGAGAACAAAACGGUUACUGUCAAGUUUCAACGCAGCCAAAGCAGAAGACAAGUUGAACAACUCUGUGAAGAACGUGGAAAGUUCAAGGUUAAAACUGAACGGAAUAGAAAAAGUCUUUUCACCAAAGCUCACGAAAGACUUGGAGAAUAUCGAAGUUAAGGAAAAGUUAUCGAAGGCCGGAGAGAAACCCAUCGACGGGGGACGAUCCCCUGUAUCAUCGUUCACAAACCUCGCUCAGAAAUUCCUACAGAGGACACAGAGUCAGGACGGCGUGGCACGGAAUACUCUAGCAGCCGCGUCGCCCAUGGCAACAAGACCAGGCAGACGCCAGUCUAUGGACAGUCUCCCGUCGACCGGAAUUCAGUCAUCCCAUGGCCAGCAGAGUCAAUCGUUCAGUUUGAUUUCUUUCUUCGAUAAACUUCUGUUGCCUGAGAAACCGGCGAAGAAUCAGAGGAGUAGCUGGAUUGCUGAUGCUCAGAUUGCCGACGAAAACCUGUUUCAGGACGAAGCCAGAAGUGCAAGUUUGCCAGCUGAACUUGAUGAAAGCUCUUCUUCAACCGAGAGCUUGAGGGGUUUAGAAAUACAGGAAGACAAGGAUAUUGCCUGCGAAAAGCUUGAAGGUGCAACAGCUUUGAAGGUCAAGGAUGUUCAAGAUGGUUGCCGCAACAAGGAAAACGAAGCUGUCUAUCCAGAAUUUUUUCUUGAACCGAGGCUCGAGUGCGAGCGCACCAUGUUGGAUUUUGAGACCUCUGACAGCCCGUCGGAAGGAAGCAGCAUUCAGCUGGAAGUAGACGUGAGUGACAGACUUGGCGUCUGCAUAAUGAAGAGGACCGAUGGAAAGCUGAGUGGUUCCGAGACAAAGGACACGUUUCUGGAUGAAUCUUCCCAGGAGGAUGAAGCUGGUGGCGGUGAAGGCUUGGCAAGCAGCCCGCCAAUCAGUGAAGGUUUAACAAACAGCUCACCAAUCAGUGAGGGUUUUACAAACAGCUCACCAAUCAGUGAGAGCUUAGCAGACGGUCCACAAAUGAGUGAUGGUUUAGCAAGCAGUCAACCAAUCGAUGAAAGCUUAACAAGCAGUCAUCCCGUGGUUGAUGGUUCAACAAGCAAUUCUCCAAUCAGGGAUGAUGCAACAAGCUGUCCUCCAAUCAGUGAUGGUUUAACAGGUACCAAUCUUGAUGUGGACUCGCUGACGGGGGUGGACAUCAACGCAAAUUCUCCUAGCUUCCAAAACGACACCUAUGCAAUCGUUCUACCCAGCCCUAUGAGGAAAGGGAUCCAGACGGAACCACGAAUGGAAUUCAGAACAUUUCAUCCCCAACUGUCGAGCUUCAAGCCGUCUCCCAGCCAUUCCAGUCAGUCAGACAAGCUGUUGCCUAGCGAAAGCCAAUCAGAUGAGACAUCACAGAACGCAAUGGUACAGAGCAGCCAAUCAGAGAAGUCGAUAGAUGGAGAUGAGAAACAGGUUGUCGAGGCUACUGAUAUUAGAAAGGACUCGUUUGGCAUGACUUCAUUCAAGCAUGCAAUGACUCUUGUAGCCCAUGAAUCGGAAGACCCCGAUGAGCUGUCAUUUGACCACGGCGAUUAUCUGGAGGUGCUGGCUCAGCUCGAUGACGAUUGGCUGUUCUGUGCCAAUGGGAAACGGGAAGGUCGCGUCAAGAUCACGGAAGUCCGACAGAUGUCCGAUGAGGAGACGUUUGAGAAACUUCACGACAACUUCUACUACUGACUGUGGACUGUAUGUUGCAGAGACCCCCAUCUUCUGUCUCGUUUUUUCACCGGUUGACAGACUUUCGUUUCUGAGAGAACUCGGAGUGUGCAGGGCUCGACUUUAAGACUUUGGUAGCUUUGGCAAUUUUAAUAUGUCUUAGCUGAAGGCAAAAUGCUUACUUACAGCAAUUUUGAGCCCGGCUACGGCAAUUUUAAACCAGUAACUUUGGCAACAAAUUGUUAAAUCAAGACACAAUUCCUUCAACUAGUGGCAAUCAUAUUUAUUCGUUGGCAAAAAACUGACAUCAGUAAAGCCCCUGACCGACGGCAAUUCAGUUGCCGUCGGUGAGAUACACUACAACAAUUGCCGUCGGUGAGACACACUACAACAAUUGCCGUCGGUGAGAUACACUACAACAAUUGCCGUCGUCAACUACGCCAGUUGCCGUCGGUGCGGUCAUUAAAUUCGAGCCCUGAGUGCGACCAUACCCAUGAUGUUUUAGAAACUUCACGACAAUAUCUACUACUACUGUACACAUUAUGUUGAAAGUUUCCCUUGUUGGUCUUGUUCUUCAUUGGCUAACAGACUUUCAUAUUAUUGACGGUCCUGCCAAUUCAGUCUGAAGGGUGCCAAAAAAAAAACAUUCUCAUUUUAACAAAUUGCACUCCUCCUCAAAAGCAAUUAUUUUGAGAAGUGCUAUUUUCCUCUCCUUGAUAUCUUCAGAACUGAUUUUUCACACUCCUGUUUUUAUUUCAAAAACGGAAGUCUCGACUAAUGUUUGUUGUGUAUGUGGGUUUUUUUAAUGUAUUUAUUAUUGUUUAGUGUAUCUCACUGUGCCAUUUUUUCAAUGAAAUUUCUGUAUGUAAAUCAUGGGACCCAUUUUUCAAAGACUGCUGAAGUGUUUACAUUUAAAAUGAGAUAUUAAGUGGAGGUUUCUGGACCUCAUUAUGUAAGCCCUUGUUAGCAGGUAUACAUCAUGUACCUAGAGGAAUGUAUUUAUACAUACCGUAGAAUAACCCAAAGAAACACACACACACACACAUAUAAAUUUGGUUUUCUGUAAUUUAUUUAAAAUUGAUCAUUUUAAAUCUUACUUUUUGUGUCCAUUAAAAUCAGCAAUAUCUUGUGAAUAUUUGUGUUCCAGUUUGACAGUCUAUUUUAGUAUUUAUAGAAUUAAUUGUAUCAUGGGGUGGGGAAAAAAAGAAUCUUUAAUAUUAAAACGCAGGGAAGCUUCUCAAAACCAGUCUCUCUCAGGCAUGUGAUUCUUCUGCUAAUUGGCGGAAUUCCGCUUUUUAAAAACAUUUCAUGCCCCCAGACCCCACUAGUCAUCUCGUGCAUUCUGCACUCGAUUACGUGCGUUCGGCACGCAUGUAUCAUUUUCAGCUUUUUUAGAAAUGUUUCAAUCACAUGCCUGCUCACUGUAAAGUGGAAUUCCCUCAAAACCUAUUAAGUUUGUCACAGUCCCUUUUUAAAUAUCAGUACAUAACCUCUCUAAACCAGAUACUCCUUUAAAUCAGACUUUUUAUUUGCUUUAUGGGUGUCCAGUUUAGAGGGGUUUACUGUAUCUGCAUUUCUUUUGUUGUUCAGUGUAACAGGAUGCUUUUAAUGUUUUAAAGUAGUAGGCUGCUUAUUCAAAUUAGGUGUUUUAAAGUAGAAAGGAAAGGAGAGGAAAUAGUUUAUUUAACGACGCACUCAACACAUUUUAUUUACAGGUAAUAUGGCGUCGGAUUUUAAAGUAGAAGGCUGCUUAUUCAAAUUAGGUGGCAAUGUAAGGAACGUUCCUAAGCGAUGUAGUUAACUGUAAUGAAAUCUGCACAAUGUAGUCAGCAUGGAAUUUAAAAUAGCCAAUGAAAUUCACUACUUUCUGGCAUAUUUUGAUAAACUUAUAUUGGUGGGGAUAUGUUGUGCAGAUACUCCCCCCAUCCUGGUUACGUUCACUGUUAGUGUCACAAGAAGUGCUCGUACGGUCAGUGCUCUCAUAUCUUAAAGUCCGAACCACAUUGUUAACAACUACGAUAAAUUACUCUCCUACAUUUAAUUACUGUUGGAUUUUCUGCAUGUUUUGUUCAAUACAGAUCAUGAAAUUUUUUUUACAUUGACAUGGAUUCCACAUAUUAGACUGAAACCAUAUGUUAAGAUCUCCUAGGAUAAAACACAUACAGUUUUCUGCCGUCUGCCAUUUUGCUAUGUUAUGUUAUGCUAUGCCUAUGUUAUCUCAGCGAAGUCAGUAUUGGUGACAUUGUUACAGUCUCAUAUGUGGAAUCUGUCAUUGUAAUGGUUUUUUCAUGAUUUGUGUCAAGGUAAAAUUUUGGGGGAAUCUUAACCGUAAUUAAAGGUAGGAGAGUAAUUUAUCGUAAUUGUUAACAAUUUGGUCCGGACUUUAAUUGGAUAUAGGCAUGAAAAAAAAUGGUUUCGACUUUCGACUUGUGAACUUUUGCAGGUGUUUUGUAACAUUAGACAAUAACCAUUUGAAAGUAAAACAAAUCUGUAACAAUUAUAAUCUUUGACAAAUUGUUGUGAAGUACGGUGACUUAGUUUCAAGUGAGAAAUAUUUAUAAGAAUGAAAUAAUUGUUAAAAUUAAUAAUCAUAUUUGAUGCAAGAAAGUAGUAUAUUGAAUUCUAAUAUUAUGCAUUAAGAAAAUUGAUUUUGUUGUUAAAAAGCUAAUUUAUGAGUGCAUUUAGCUUUUUCAACUUUCUCAAUUUGACAGUUAUCUUUAAGAAAAGAAAAAGUGAAAUUCUUUAGCUUGUAUUGUUUGGGUUUUUUAAAAAGUGUAUUAUACAUUUGUCUUAGUUUACAUUAGGUUUACUUGGGGUUCAGAAUUUAAAUCGAAAAUGCAGGUGAAAUUAAUAAUGUGAACAAUAAAAACCUUGAUUUUGUUGCUAAAAAGUAAAUAUUUGGGUGCAUUUUUGCCUUUUUGCAACAUUAAUCAAUAUUUGACGUGAAUAAGUCUAAUAUGUGAUUGGAAAAAGAAAGAAGUAAAUUCUGAUAUUUGUUUUUAAUUUUUAAGAAUUAUUUUCUAAUUGAUUGUUAACUUAAAAUCAAAAUAUUUACCUUGCUUGUCAGGUACAAUUUAUUUCUUUUUGAUUGUGAAAUAAUCUAAAUAAAUAUUCAAUGAUAAGAAAAGUCAGUCGUUGCUAAAAUAGAAGAAUUAAAUUGUGAUGUUUAUUUUCAACUUUUAAGAAUUAUUUUGUGGUUUUGCUUAUUGCAAAUUUUGGAAUAUCAAAACGUUUAUCUUGUUUGAUUAUCAAAUAAGAUGAGUUUUUGGAAGUUAUCAUAUAAUCAAAAUUGAUUAGCAUUACUAGACUACUAAAGUCAAAAAGGGCAUAUGUCAAAGAUGUCUGCCGUUGGAAUUCAGUGAGAAUUAUUGUUAAAAUUUCACCCAUCGAACAAAAUUAGAACAGCAGUCUUAUGUUGAUUGGAGAAAAUAUCUCCACCAUUGUUUUUAGAGCACUGCAUAAAUUAUAUAUAUAUAACAUCCGCUAGACUGGUUUAUACACUUCACGGUAUCAGUGAUUUUAAACAUUUACUAGC